AUGAGCUAUAGGAACCAGUCCCGUGAGAGUCCAUCUAAAACCCAGACAUACAUGGCCAAUAGAAAACAGUACCCUCUCCAUCGGGAGGCCCUAUUGGGCAUUGUCCCUGUUCUAUUUGGAAAGAAAAAGUCAAGCCUGAGGCCUGGGGACAAUCAAGCACAUCUACAGGCAGCUGGGGAGAAGCUCUGCUCCUUCACCCGGGGUUAUGACAAUGCCCAAAUCAGCAGGAAGCAGUUACAGAAGACAGACCUGUGCCCCUUGGCACCCCUCAAGAAUGAGGAGCGGGACAAAGGACAGAGUAGGAGUCUGUCACCAGCAAAGCUCACCGACAAUUUCCAGGAAAUAAGAAUUGAAUCUGGAAAGAUCCAGGACUCAGGAACCAGAAUUGGAAGAUGUAGAGACUAUGGGGGAAAGAGAAGAGAUAUUGACUUUUUCUUGGGGGCAUCUCUCAAGAACGAGGUUUUGAAGAUCAUGCCUGUGCAAAAGCAGACCCGUGCUGGCCAGCGGACCAGGUUCAAGGUGUUUGUCGCCAUUGGGGAUUACAACGGACAUGUUGGUUUGGGUGUGAAGUGCUCUAAGGAGGUAGCCACUGCCAUCCGUGGGGCCAUCAUUCUGGCCAAGCUCUCCGUCGUCCCCAUGCAACGAGGCUACUGGGGGAACAAGAUCGGCAAGCCCCAUACCGUCCCUUGCAAAGUGACUGGACGCUGUGGCUCUGUGCUGGUGCGCCUCAUCCCUGCCCCCAGGGACAUUGGCAUCAUCUCAGCCUCUGUGCCCGAGAAGCUACUGAUGAUGGCUGGAAUUGACGACGGCUACACCUCUGCCAGGGGCUGCACUGCCACGCUGGGCAACUUCGCCAAGGCCACUUUUGAUGCCAUUUCCAAGACCUACAGUUAUCUCACUCCUGAUCUCUGGAAAGAGACGGUGUUCACCAAGUCUCCGUAUCAGGAAUUCACUGACCAUCUUGUGAAGACCCACACCAGAGUUUCCACGCAGAGGACCCAGGCUCCAGCUGUAGCCAUCACAUAGUUUUCUAUAAGAAAAAUAAAGUGAUUGAAGCUAAAAAAA